AUGAUGGGCAAACAUCGAAAGAGAAAAAUCAACCCCCCCGUUAUACCCAUACACCCUAAUGAAGAGAAAAAAAAAAAUUUGAAUAAUUUUAUAACAUAUAAAGAUUUAAAAAUUAGAUGGAGAAAUACCUCAAAGAAUUAUAGAAAAAAAGUAACUAUUGCCAGAAAGUGGAAAAAUCUUCAUUGUCUUCUUCCUAUGAAUAAAAGUUCUUGUAUGUUUGUUUUACAUAAUAAUUUACCUUACACUCGUCUGACGAAAAAAAAUUAUAUACCCCAAGAAAAGAAUGAAAUUAUUUUAAAAAAAUCAUAUGAUGAAACAAAAGAUGAAAGUGAUAAAUAUUGUGAAGAUAUCAACAAUAAUAAUAAUAUUAAAUAUGUUUAUAAUAAUAUCAACAAAUGUGAUUAUAACAAUGAGGCACAUAUAUGUAAUACAUCCCUAGGAAGAAGGAAAUUUUAUAAUUGGACAAAAAAAAAAGAAGAAAGAAAAAAUUUAAAUAAUAAUCCUUCUUGUAAUAUGAAUGAAGAAAAUUAUUAUGAAAAGCCACCAAAAAAUUUAGAAUAUUUACUUAAAAAAGAUAAAGAUCAUUUAUUUUGUAUUUUUAAAUCAAAUAUAACUAACGAACAUAAAGUAACUAUUGGUGAUAUUAUACAAACAGAAAGAUUACAUAGAAAAAAAGCAGGAGAUGUUAUAUAUUUUGGAACUGUUUUAUUUGUUGGAUCACCAAAUUUCUCAAUCAUAGGAAAACCUACUAUAUCAUAUUGUAAGGUUAAAGCAGUAAUAGAACAAAUUACUCUAAGUAAAGAAAUACUAAGCUUUCGUUAUAAAAAAGUUAGAAGAUCUAGUCGAUUUCUAAGAAUUAAACAUUGGAUUUCCAUUUUAAAAAUACAAGAUAUUAUUAUUGAAUUAAAUCAAAAUACUAUAAAUGAUGAACGUAAAAAACCUCUUCAAAUUCUAGACCUAUGGGCAAAUAGAUGGUUAUAUCAAAAGGAAUUAAACUUUAUGAAAUUUGAUGAUAAUAAAAAACCGUUAGCUGAUCGAAUUUUUAAUUUAAUUGAACAUCAACCAAAUACAUUACACAGACGUGGAUUAACAGAAUGUUAUAGGUUCUAUCCAGAUCCGCAUGUACCAGUCACCUAUUAA